GGUCAGUGAUCUUGGCCAGCACGUUACUUUGAUGACGCAGCUCUUUGGCCGUCACGUAGUUGGCACAACUCUUGUUUUGUUCCGGUGCUGUUUUCACCUGAAUUAAAUCGCUGCGUGCCGCUAUCGAUGCGCCGCUUAUCAGUGGGCGAAACUGAAAGCCACAGACUCGUAAUCUUAACAAACGGAACUUACUACCAUAGUGGUGUUCGUCUCGGCCCGAUGUUAACUUUGACAGCUCGAUUGGCAAGCGCCCCGGCAGUUGGCUCUGGCACGUAGACCCAACUGGAGCAAUUCCGGUAAAAACAACACCCAAUAGCGUUAGUGGAUAAUGGCAUCUUUCAAGUGGCUUAUUUCGCUGAUGCUGCUCACCUGUCAGGUCCUAAGGCAGGUGCACAGUGUCGAGGAGGCGAGUCACUGCACAUCGGUGGCGGGAAUGGUGAAGUUGCUGGAACUGGAGGACCAACUCAUCCAGAACCUCGAGGAUUACGCCGACGAGUUGGAAAAAAAACUGGACACCGUACGCAGGAGUAUUGACAGCCUGCGUUUGGAGAACCAAAAGGCACGGAGCACCACGGUGGAUUACUUGUCGAAUCCUUUGAAUUCUUUUUCCCUGAUCCGUCGUAUGAACCGUGACUGGCUGAUAUGGCAGCUUUACAUGGAGGAUCAAGUGGGCUUGACCCAGGCUGACAAGAUCCAGAGCCUCAGGGAGGAAAUGCCCACAAGUACCGAUGUCGAAGAGGCAGUAAGCGCCUUGGAUCGAAUUCAGGUGACAUAUGGCUUAAAGGUGGAGGACAUAGCCAAGGGGCUUCUUAAUGGAAACCAAUACCCUGUUAGCCUCACUGCUUUGGAUUCAUAUGCCAUGGCGCAGAUCCUCUUCGACCAGGGGCGUUUAUAUGGAGCAUCCAGGUGGAUUUACCAAACACUAACUUGGAUGGAAAAUUUCAAACUGGCGGAACCUUUCUUGUUGGCCAAAGAUGAGGUCCGGACCUUUUAUGCGGAAACUUUGCUUAAGCUUAACCAAAAGGCGGAUGCUCUAAAAGUUGUCAACAUUGCACUGACUGAUAAGCCGCAUGAUAUUAAACUGCUGGUGAAGAAAAUGGAAAUAGAAGCUCUGAUAAGGACGGGAACCAGCAACCAGCAGCCCCAACCGACGAACCCGCUCUCCAAUCCAAACAGCCACCCAACUCUCUAUGAAAUGGGCUGUCGAGGAAUGUAUCCACCUUCCACCGAUUCCAAGCUUCUCUGCCGCUACAAUAGCACCACCACACCGUUCCUCACCCUAGCUCCUCUCAAGAUGGAAGUGGUGGGUCUGAAUCCUUACAUGGUCAUUUACCACGAUGUCCUCUCUACUGCGGAGAUUGAAGAAAUGAAAGAAAUGGCCACCCCAAGUCUGAAAAGGGCCACCGUUUUCAAGGCCUCAGAGGGAAAGAAUACCGUGGUAAAGACCAGAACCUCCAAGGUGGCCUGGUUCCCCGAUUCUUACAACUCCUUAACUCUUCGUCUAAAUGCUCGCAUAAACGAUAUGACUGGAUUCGAUCUGUCUGGCUCGGAAAUGCUUCAACUAAUGAACUAUGGAUUGGGAGGGCACUACGACAGGCACUACGACUUUUUUAAUACAACUCAGCAAAAUUCCAGCGCAUUGACUGGAGAUCGCAUAGCUACAGUACUAUUUUAUAUGUCUGAUGUAGAACAGGGCGGUGCCACAGUUUUUCCCACCAUUCAUAAAACCGUUUAUCCUCAGCGAGGUUCGGCUAUAAUGUGGUAUAAUCUUAAGGAUGAUGGUGAGCCCGAUGAGCUAACGCUCCACGCCGCCUGCCCGGUUUUAGUUGGUUCCAAGUGGGUUUGCAACAAAUGGAUUCGAGAACGCGCCCAGUUCCGCAGUCGCCCGUGCCUUAAAAAGUGACUUUGAUUCUCAAAUUUUCUAAAAUUAGUCUAGUGAUAUUAUACACCAACGAUGAAACUCAAUAAAAACUACCUCAAACCAAA